GAUCUUUACAGAGAGGUGGAGAGAGUGGUUCUGCCAGACAAUCUUUGUCUUACUCUUGGACAGUCUUCCAGACGUUCAAGUGCUGGCUUUAGACAAGUGGUUAUAACUUGCACACUACGUAUAUAUUACAGUUCAUGCGAGUCUUAUUGUAGGUGGAUGUUGCCACUUGAAAUCAGGAAUACGAUGUAGUUAAAAUCUCAAUGUAAUUCUACAUUAUUUUUUUACAAGUACGCUUAUUCCCCCACCCAAAAAUUUGGUUCUUGAUGUUGGCUCCUCUCUUUGCAUGGACUCCGCACGCUAUGUGUCUCUCUCUAGAUCUAGAGAUCUCCCCUGCACCCGCGCGCGAAGCUCCAUAUCUACUGUUGAUGAACAUAGUUCGUUCUGGCAUGGAGCUAUAAAACACAAGGCAACAUUUUUGGCAACACUUCAAGUGAACUUUGAUCAGUCGACAUCGCAAUAUAAAUCAUCAUUGCCAGAUACUGAUGGUACACUGAUUGCAGUGGGUGUAGACAGUUUAGUACACGUAGGCCUACGUCUAUCAUUCAUUGACUAUUAUACAUGGCCAACUGAGCCCGGCCAGAAAUAAUUCCCAGCCUCAACCACGCCCAUCUGGAUUGAGAAGUUCAUGGUUUAGGUUCGACUGAAAGGUUGAAAAUGGGGAACAAAUUAGAACAUCCGUCGGUGGAGCUUCCCCCGGAGAAGCUGGUGAUGGUCACAGGUGGAAACACUGGGAUUGGAUAUGAAACGGCAAAGUCCAUUGCGAAGAUGGGAGCAAGAGUGUGCAUUACAAGUCGCUCAGAGGACAAAGCUAAAGCUGCAAUCGAGCGAAUGCAGACAGAACAUCGAGAUGAAAUGCAGCAGAGAAGUCAUGGGCAGGCGUCAUCUCCAUCCACCAGUGAAGAGAUCAAGCCACUGAAUGUGGAGUACAUCAUAGUGGAUCUCGCCUCGUUGCAAUCCACCAUGGACUUCAUUCAGAAGACCAAGGAGAGGAUGCAGUACCUUAAUAUCUUGGUCUGCAAUGCUGGCAUUGCCUUUGUCAAACAAGAAUACACAGAGGAUAAAUACGAGUCGCAAUUCCAAGUCAACUACCUGUCACAGCUCCUCAUUGUGCUGCAUCUCAUGCCGCUGCUGCGGGCUGGUGCCCCCGACUCCCGCAUUGUUCUCCUGUCAUCAGACGCGCAUAAAAGUGGGAAACUAGACCUGGACAACAUGCAGGGCCCCAAAUCCUUCAGUCGGCUUACAGCCUACGCCUCAUCCAAGGCCUACAUGGUCAUGGCAGCACACUUUCUUGCUCGGAGACUGGAAGGGACCGAAGUGAGCACUUUCUCUAUUGAUCCUGGACUUGUGGACACGAAUAUUAUGAAUAACUUCAGUGAUUUGAAACUGAUGAGCUUUUUCGUUGGAGCUUAUAAAAAAUUUGGUAUGAUGCGUACUCCGAAACAGGGGGCUGCUACAAGUGUCGUGGCCUGUGUUGAUCCAAGCCUUCGUGGGAAAACUGCAGUGUUCAUGAAGAAUUGUCGACCUGCUAACCCUGCAACCUUCUGUUGGGAUGGCAAAAAACAGGAGGACCUUUGGGGUUACAGUCUUGGAUGUCUCAACCAGUUCAUCUCUGAUGGUGUGCUCAAAGAAGCCUUCCCAUCAGCGAGGCCAGAUCUGCUGACCAUUCCCAAGGACACAAGGACAGUCGAAGAGAAGAUUGCUGAUGAUUCAGGGAAGAAAGAAGGGAGUUCAGAUGACAAAGAGAUGGGAAACAAAUCCAAAGGAGGAGAGGCAUCUUUGGAGAGGAAGCAGGAUGAGGAGCAACCAGAGAUAGAGUCUUCAUCUGGAGCUACAGAGGUACCCUCUGAAAAAGUCAAGGCAUCGCAGGAACCAUAUGGGGCUAAUUUAGAAGAAAAGAUACCUGAAGACACACUCAAAGAUGAAGACAACGAACCCAAGGCAUCCUCCAAACAGGAGCAGACAGAAGAGCAGCCGAAAAGAGAAUUACCAUCUGCAGCUGCAGAAUUACCCACUGAAAGGGUUAAGGCAGAGGAAAAACCCAGUGGGCAGGUUUCAGAGGAAAGGGGCGUGACAGAUAAUGCAGAAAAUAAGUAAUUAGCAGCUGAGAACUGCAGCAUCUUCAGAUAAUAAGCAGGUGUAGAACAACCAGAGAGGGAACCUUCAGCUCAGCCAGCUUCUGUAAUUGACCAGACAUCAGGAGAACCGAAGGCAGAUAAUGGGGAAAUCUGCAGGAGAUGAGGUGCAGAAGUUCAAGAAGGUGUACCGACCAAACUUGGCCAAAAAUUAUCAAAGUGGACUCCAUUAAAGAGAUUUGUGAUGAACUGAAAAUUUGGUGAAAUCUAAAUAAUAUUCAAAUUCACAAGGUUUAGGUGUAUAUUAAAGACCACAAGGUAUCGAAGAAAGAUUAAACCUUGGCAGAAACUGC